UAAAAUUUGUUGGAGUAGAUGGAAUAAUAAAGAAAACUGAUUCAAAAGUUGAAUAUGAAAAUCAAAAGCAGGUUCUUAAUAUAAGUAAAGAUAAACUGCAAUAUAUUAAAAGUCGAAUGAGAACAAUUGGGUACACUAUCAAGAAAAAUAUGGAAACAGCUAUUGGGGAAAGUAGCGGUAUCAGUAUUCCAGGAGAUAUUAAGAUAAAUAUUGAAACUAAAAAUAAAUUUGAAGUAAAUGGAGUCAGUGAUGUAAAAAUAAUUAGAAUGCCCAUAAAAUUAAGACAAGAAAAGUUGAAAGAGACUGCUGCUCUUAAGAAGAAAAUAGAUAUGAAAAUUAUGAUGAAAUCUAAGAGUCGUGAUUAUAUAAAAAGGAAUCCAGAAAAUAAUUAUUUGCCGGUGUUUGAUUUUGCUAAAUUUGAAAGUGAUUAUAAAGUGGAAAUUGUGACCUUGAGCAAGGAAGAGCAACUGGAGGAAAUCGCCGCGCGUAAGAAGUCCCAGAACUCGUUCCAGUGUGAGAUUUGCGGAAAAGGGUUCAAUAUGGAGUCCACGUACAACAACCACCGAACUAGACACAACCCUAGUGAAGGCGCGUUUUCUUGCGAGAUCUGUUCCAUACGCUUCCAGCGUGAUUCCAGGCGCCAAAAACAUCAGGACACACACCGACUGAAGUUUAUAUGCAACUCGUGCGGCUUCGUGAGCAGGCAGACGGACCAAGCGAAGAAACAUCACGCCAUGCACGAGGGCAAGACCUUCCAGUGCCAUCACUGCGGGAAGACCUUCCUCAAGUCUACGUCGUAUUUCUCCCACGUGCGGCUGGCGCACCCCACGAAGAACGUCAUCUGCAGCCAGUGCGGGGAAACCUUCAUAAGUCCACUCGGCCUGAGACAGCAUCAGAAGUUGACUCACACCAAGAAACCGCAACAAUUUAAGUGCACUGUCUGCUCAGCCAACUUCAAUAGCGUAGAGGCGUUGAACAGACACACAGACACGGCCGCCGAGCACGGCGACCUGCGGCCGUGCGAGCAGUGCGGCGAGAACUGUGCGAGCGAGGACGCGCUACGGGAACACGUCAAAGAGACACAUCCGAAGGAGACGUAUCGGUGUGAGGAGUGCGACAUGUCAUUCCAAAACGCAUCAGCGUUCGACACGCACAGCCUCCGCAAGCACCUCGGGAAGCGCUACGCGCCCGCAGCCGCAGCCGCAGCCUGCCCGCGCAACUACUCACGCGGGCGCACGCUGGUGUGCGACCAGUGCGGGCGUUUCAUGAUGAACGCAGCCCUCCUCCGGUAUCACUUGCUGCGGGUUCAUCAGAACGUGAAGCCGUUCGCCUGCAACGAAUGUCCGAAGAGAUUUUUCAAUAAACCGGCGUUGCAGGUUCACAUACGUUCGCACACCGGAGAGAGGCCGUACCCGUGCCCCGCGUGCCCGCGCGCCUUCAGCGUAAAGAAGAACCUCAAACGACACUAUCUCACUGUGUCCAGGGACAGGCUGCCACAAUACCUGUGCGCGUACUGCUUCACGCUGCUCCUCAAAUGCUCGUCCUUCAGAGACAUGUGUCUCCGUACGCUGGAACUACUCACUCCCGCGCUGCUCAAGGGGGCGCUGGAUACAGAUUAUGUUCGCAAAUACCAAAACCCUGACCGGUCGCUCAACUUAACUCAAACUGAGCUCGAAUUUAUUGAGUUAAACCCAUCAGAAGAUUUUUUCAAUGGACAAAUACUGACCACACACAUAAAAAAUGAACAAAUUGCGCCGGUAGAUGUCAUCAAUGAAGUUCCUGAAGUGCCACUUGAUGUCCAAAAAGAUUUAAUUGAAAACAGUGAUAGUGUUACUGACAAAAUCGAUUCAAAAGAUGGCAUAAUCAGCAAGAUGAAAACUGAGACUUCAAUUGUGAAAAAUAUCUUGUUAACUGGAAAAGACAUAAAUAGCAAAAAAAAUAUUAGGACUCCAAAAAAGACGAAAAAUGAAAAAAACUUAAACAGCAAACUAAAAACUAAAGUGAAGGAAAAUAUCUUAAAAACCGGUCAGGUCAGUGAAAGUGUGGACAUUCAUAAAAAUAUAAAGACGGAAAAAGAUAACGAAAUGAUGACGACUGAUGUGAAGGAUAAUAAAAUUGAAAUUAAUGUCACUGAAAAAUGUAAUGGUGACAAUCUAAAGGAAAGAAAAAGGGGGAAAAAGCGAUCACACUCUGAAUCUAAUUUAGCGAAAUUUGCGAAUACCAUAGACCAUAAACUUGUUACUUUGAGCAAGGAAGAGCAACUGGAAGAGAUCGCCGCCCGCAAGAAGUCGCAGAACUAUGUGGAGUCGCGGUUUCAGUGCGAGACUUGUGGGAAGGGGUUUAACGCGGAGGCCGCUUUUAACAACCAUCUAGCGAGGCAUAGCCCGAGCGAGGGCGAGUUCGCGUGCGAGAUCUGCGCGAUACGCUACAAGAAGAAAUACCGAUGGCAGGUGCACCAGGACGUGCACCGACUCAAGUUUGUUUGCAAUGAGUGCAACUACGUGUCUAGAGACAGGGGGCAAGCUAAGAGACAUUACGACAUGCACGCGGGCAAGACGUACAAGUGCCAGCACUGCGAGAAGAGUUUCAAUAAGAUGACGUCAUAUUUGACGCACAUACGCGUGGUGCACCCGGCGCAGUGCGCCGCGUGCGACGUGUGCGGGGAGACGUUCGUGGGGGAGAACGGAUUGAGGAUGCACAAGAACAGGGCGCAUGCCGAGAAAUCGCAACAAUUUAAGUGUACGACGUGCUCCGCAAAUUUUGUCAGUUUAGAAGCGCUGAACAGACACACAGACACGGCCGCCGAGCACGGCGACCUGCGGCCGUGCGAGCAGUGCGGCGAGAACUGUGCGAGCGAGGACGCGCUACGGGAACAUGUCAAAGAGACACAUCCUAAGGAAACACAUCGGUGUGAGGAGUGCGACAUGACAUUCCCCGACGCGACGGCCCUCGGGGUCCACACUAAACGCAAGCACCUCAACCAGCGUCCGUCCACCGCGGCGGACAGGCUGUACAACAGGAAGGUGGCCGCGCGCCGCCGCGCCGCGCUGCGCGGGGCGCCGCCCAGGGGGCAGGUCGUGUGCGAGCAGUGCGGACAGAUCAUGCCGAAUGCUACCCUGCUGCGGUAUCACCAACGUCGACAUGACGGCGUGAAGCCGUUCGCCUGCAGCCAAUGCCCGAAGACCUUCUACUAUAAAACGUCGUUGGAUGUACAUAUACUGACACACACAGGAGAGAGACCGUUCCAGUGUCCGGAGUGUCCGCUCGCCUUCGUACUGAAAGGGCACCUCAAGCGGCAUCAUAAGACUGCGCACCAAGGAAUCCGCGACAACAUCCCGUGCUCCAUCUGUGGACGAGUGUUCUCCACGAAGUCCGCGCUCACCACGCACGUCAACUCCGUGCACCACGGGCAGCCGUGGCCCAAGAGGGACCGGAGCAAGCGGAAAACUAAGACGAGUGCUUAAUGAAUCAAUUAAAUACAUUAUGAAUUAAUUGAA